AUGGACUCGCAAGAUGCUUCGCAGCCCGUCGAAACUGGGUACAGUGCUCCUGUGCCUGGUAUAGCUCCUCCCCGCCCGCCAUCCGAAGAAGAUCCACAGAUCGCACCCUCUCCAUCUAUAGGCGGAGAACAUUCCAGGCCAGUCGGUUGGUCCCUCCAGGAUGAAGAUUACGAGAGUUGGGAGGAUGAGGAAAUGGAUACGUCGAUUGAGUCCACCGCAGAUGGCACUGAUCAGGAGAUUCCAGACGACGUCCCUGGCGAUCAACUGGGUGCGCUGCAGCACUGUGUUGAAUCCAACUACAAGGAAUUUCUCUUUGCUUGUGGAGGUACCAUACCGAUCAGUUCCAAACAUCAGCAGAAUACUCCAGGCCCUAUAAGUAAGGAGACAGCUUCACGCCCCGAGUCUGCCUUCAGCAAGAGUUGGAGCCCAACUUCUGGUCCUCACCCCCCGGUCACUCUUCGAUGGGACCCGAACGACGUAUCAGCUCCCGCAAGCCAGUCAAAGCUUAUCUUUCCCACCAAAGAGACUACUGCAGGUAAUCUCAAACACUUGCUAGCUGAAAUGAAGCCCGCAACCUUUGGUCGUGGCGGAGAAGAUGUGUAUGAUGAGAGCUACCGCAAGGCAUCGAAACUGGAGCCUCAGAAUUUCUCCACGAACUUUUGCCCGUAUAGCACUGGUAUAAUUGGAGAGAUAUCCCAACUUCUUCUUCCUGAUCCGGAACGCGCGGAUCAGAGAAUCAUUAAGGCUGAGCUGUACAAGCUUAAUGUUUAUACCGGACCCUCAGGCCACUUCCGUUCCCAUGUCGACACCCCUCGAUCUCGCUCUCAGUUCGGGUCUCUUGUCGUUUGUCUGCCAGUCAAGCACGAGGGUGGUGCUCUCGAGGUUCGGCAUAAUGAUGAAGUUAUGAAGUUUGACUGGGCAUCUACUUCGGAACAACCAGAACUUCAAUGGGCUGCGUUUUACAGCGAUUGUGAACACGAAGUAUUUCCGGUUCAGUCUGGGCACCGGAUCACUCUGACGUACAAUCUUUACGUUACUUUCAAUAGUAUCCACCGUCUAGGGAGCUUCAAUCCUCUCAACAAUACCCAGACUCCACUUGACAGAGAGAUUGAAGCCCUGGUUGGAGAUCCAACUUUUCUACCAGAUGGAGGCCAUAUUGGCUUUCAUACUACUCACACGUACCCCCACAACGAUUCAGAGGGUUGCCUGGAAGACACCUUGAAAGGUCUUGACAUGGUCAUUUGGAGGGGUUUCCAACGGCUUGGCUGCGGGGUAUGCUUGCGGCCAGUCCUGCAACCUACCCCCUACAUCAUCAAUGUGAAACUGCCCUUCAAGCUUGGCCGCACAUUCAAGCUUGAAGCUAUCGACGGCGAAGUUGAGUCCAAAGAUGCGUGGGAUGAACUUGUUCAGUACGACUGGGGUCUUGAACAUCUGUCGGUUGAGGACAUUACCUGGCUCAAUAAACCCACUCUAAAGACCAAAAAAGCGGCGUUUGCCUAUACUGUGUAUGGCAACGAAGCCUCUAGUUGCCUUGCCUACACAAUCUGUUCCAUCAUCGUUUCUGUCCCUAAGAUUGUUGAAGGUAAACGAGCCAAUCUGGAGACAACGUUUGAUGUUGAUGUUGUUGUUGAAGAAGAGGAUUGGGAAAAGCGCUCCCCCUGGGACUAG